AUGUUGUCUCUGAGUGGAGGCUAUUGGUGGAGAAAUACACUUUCUGCGAGAUGGAGAGAAGCUAGCCUGCUUGCCUGUUGGCUUUCAUUCUGUGCAGCAGAGUCUCUCACUGUUUGUCCCUCCUCCUGCAAGUGCAACAGUGGUACUCUGGAAGUGGACUGUAGUGGUUUGGGACUUUCAUCCAUCCCUGUAGACAUUCCUACAAACACCAGGACCUUCCUUUUCCUCAACAACGAACUAAGCACUUUGCCAGGACAAGCUUUCUCCAAUCUUUCUGCUCUCCAGAGACUGGAUCUUUCAAACAACUUCUUAGACCAACUUCCCGAAAAUGCUUUCAGAGACUUAGUGAACCUCACUGAGCUACAGUUGAGGAACAAUAGCAUCAGGAGCUUGGACAAAGACCUUCUCCAAAACACCGCUCUUCUGCGUCAGCUGGACUUGUCAAUCAAUGGCAUUGCUCAAAUCCCUUCUGGCAUCUUCGAUGAUCUAUCCUCUCUUCGCUGGCUCUCCCUCAGGUCAAACCGCUUGCAAAAUUUGGACAGGGUGACCUUUGAGCCAUUAGUUAGCUUGCAGCAGUUGCAAGUGGGAGACAACCCCUGGGAAUGUGACUGCAACCUGAGAGAUUUCAAAUACUGGAUGGAAUGGUUCUCUUAUCGAGGAGGAAAGAUAGACCAGCUGGCAUGUACCCUGCCUAAGGAGCUGCGGGGGAAGGAUAUGCGCAUGGUGCCCAUGGAGAUGUUUAACUACUGUUCCCAGCUGGAGGAUGAGAACAGCUCUACAGUUCUGGACAAUGUUGGCCCUCCUUGCAGUAAGGGAAGCACAACUGCCACCAAGCCUAAAACAAGCCUGGAAGCAGACGAGGAGCCCACUGUGGGUUGCCCCCAGAAACAAAGAUACAGGCCCGUCAGUGUGCGCAGGGCAAUUGGCACCGUCAUCAUAGCUGGGGUGGUCUGCGGCAUUGUGUGUAUCAUGAUGGUGGUGGCAGCCGCGUAUGGCUGUAUCUAUGCAUCUCUCAUGGCUAAGUACCACCGGGAACUGAAGAAGAGGCAGCCACUGAUGGGAGACACGGAAGGUGAGCACGAGGAACAAAAGCAGAUCUCGUCAGUGGCAUGAAUCCCUUUUUGGAAACCAGUGACAGAAGGAAACCAGGACGCAGGAGAGUCUUGAGCCCUCACAUACCUUCUCAGACGUACAAAUGUACUGUGCAGCUGUUUCAUUCACCAAAUUAGUCAAACAUGCUUCUGAAUUCAGGCCAGCCACCUCCCACUUCAGGUCCUCUCCUUCCCUCUGCCCUCAUGUACUUCCAAGCAAAUAAACUGUAGUCAGACCUCAAGUGCUAAUCAUUUUUCCUCUUUCCAUAAAAUUCUACACUGAUGCUCACAUGUAGGGAACCCAAGCCAACCAGGCAUCUUCCCCCCUUUCCUUCACUACAUUGAUACUUCGCACAUGCCCAUAGUAUCAGAGAAACAUUUUGCAAACAGUACGAAUAGCCAAAGGCACCAAGACAACCCCUGUGAUUGUGUCUAAACUCCACUGGUGGGGUUAAUAACAUCACUGCACAAUCAUCUACUCUUCCCUGUCAUCUGUACAAGAAACCCACUUCACAACUACUCCAGGAAUGAUUCAAGGCCAGCUCCGAUUACACUAGAGGCACAGAAAACUUGACCUUCCCGCUAUUUAUAACAGGAACAGAAUAAAUAUUCCUUAGAUUGAAGACAUGUUGCAUACACUCAUGCCAGCAUGUACCUCACCUUCCAUAACGAAGGGUGUGGACAAAUAAACCUAACACCGGCUGAUCACCACAUAUAUAUACACACACACACAAACGUAUGCCUCUACACACCUCCGUUUCUUUGCAUACCAUCUGUAUGUUACUAUUUGUAGCAAACUGAAAAAUGUGCAAGCUGCCUCCUGAUAUGAUGAUUUAUAAUCUGUGCAAGGAAGAGCCUUAAAAGCAUUUGGGAAAGAAAGGAUGCAAAGGAGAGGGUGGAUGGGUCACCAAAA